CACUUGUCUUUUUAGUACAACAUACUUUGACGACCAUGACAAUGAAGAGAAGCAGAGAAGAUGUAGAGGUCGAGGCACUAGCCAUGGCCAACUGUUUGAUGCUGCUCUCCCGUGUAGGAGAGACAGCGUCGACGUCCGGCCGUGUCUUCGAGUGCAAGACUUGUAACCGGCAGUUUUCAUCGUUUCAGGCCCUCGGUGGCCACCGGGCGAGCCACAAAAGGCCAAAAAUGAUGGCCAUAGAACUUGUUAUUGACCAGUUUCCGGGAUCUCCUGCGAAGCCGAAGAUACACGAGUGCUCGAUAUGCGGCCAAGAGUUCCCCAACGGACAGGCGCUAGGCGGUCAUAUGAGGAGACACCGGCCUGUGAGUAACCAUUCCAAGGAGGAGGAGGUGGUGCUGGAUAUGAAGAAGUCCAGUAGCAAGAGAGUUUUGUCCUUGGAUUUGAAUUUGACUCCGUAUGAGAACCAUAUGAAGUUCAAGUUUGGGAAGAUGCUCACUGUUUGGUGAUUACGUUUCUGAACUAACAUCACAUCGCCUUUUUAGCAUGUACUAGCUUGCAGUAGUUUUUUAUUUUAUUUUAUUUUAUGUAAUUAUGAUCAAAUACCUUCGUUGUUUUAAUCGAUUGAUUCUUUUGGAGAUAUAUAAAGUUUGUAUAUAUAUAUAUAUAUAUAUAUAUAUAUAUGUUGGCUUUUGUUAUUAUACUACUUUCUUUGUUCAUCGUA